AUGCUUGGUACACGCGAAAGAGCUAGCUCGGGGGCGUCUGGUCGCGAUUCUGCCGCAGCGUCACCCACCAUCGAGACCCCUCCAGGUUCCGUUUCGGCAGAUGCAGUCAAGAAGUUGGAUCAGAUAAUUCAGAACUUCCACACCAAAGCUGCAUCACUGGUGUUGCAAUCGCGUUUGAACCUGAAGCCCAUAUAUACGGCUCGUGGCUCCGGGAACAAGAAGCUAAACAAAUGGUUUCAAAUCGAGACGGAAGAAUUCGACGACUUCAAAGAGGAGCUUCGUAUUUGGCGCAACUGUGGUAGCUUCGAGAACAAGCCUAUGCCCCUCAUCAUCGAAACCUAUCUCGAUACAUCACGUUUAACCCCUAGUCAGAGCCUGGUUAUUGUGGACGAAAAUGGACGCUUAUCAUUUGGUGGCGCUAGCAAAGCCGGCGAUGAUGAGCAAGGCAGCAGCGGUCGACAAAGCCUAUCCUCGUCAGUGGCCCAGCCAGGAUCAGGUCUCCUGGCAGAAGCGAGUGCAGGCGGCAGCUCCGGAUCGCUUCAAACAGACGACGAUCAGAUCUCAGAAUUCUUGAAAGCGCUAGAUAGCAAAAAGACGCUCAAGAGCUUUGAGUCUGGCAAGAAGGGCGAGGGCGCGACGAACCGAACAGUCGCACAGCUUUCAAGGUUCCACCUCAUGAAGGAGUCGAACCAGGCGCUGACGGACUCGAUGACCUCGUCAAUGCAAAUGCAGCGCUCCUCAAGCUCAUCCAGUCGACAGCUGUCCAAUGUGCCAAGCAUGGCUGCGCCAGCGUCAGUAUCCGUUUCGUCCUCGCCCGGCAAGCCUCUCUCUCCUCACACCCCUCAUACGCCUGCUGUCCCCUCACGAUUGAGCGAGAACUCGAUCAUCAACUACAACAUAAGCCAGCCGCGAAGCGACCGCACCAAUCCUAGUGCAGAGAAUACACAGAUGCCUAGAGAGGAUACCAUCACCCAGGAUGGGACCACUGCCAUUGACAUACCCAUCUCUCCCAGAAUCGGCACCCACCCUAGACGGUCAAGCUCGGUGGCACAGCAGAACAGGGCCAUGGCCGACGAUGAAGACGGUGACUUGGCUUUCGCCGCCAAUCGCAGCAUCAGCUUGGGGGCGGAGGAUCGCGAGCCGCCCACGCUCAGCAUGCUGUUGGGAAGACAGACAGAAGCCGAGUCAGCGUCUCGUCGAGCAGCGGGCUCGCUGCAGCCGACAGCAGAUAUCCCAUCAUCAGGUUCGGCGGAGAUGAUGAGGCAGGGCUCAUCAGAAGGAUCUAAACCUCCAGGUGGACUGAUGGCAGUCGCGCCAUCCAGUUCGCCAUUUGGCAGGCGUCGGUACGCUGGCAUGGCAUCCACUGGAGGACGAGGCCAGACGCCUCCUCAGUCGUCCAGGGGAAGCUUUACGGGGUCCAUUGGACGGUACGGGCGCGGCGAGAAUGACUUGAUGGACGAAGAGCCGCUCCUUUUCGAUAUGUCAGAAAUGGAUGCGCAGUCGCGGAGAAGUCUGGAGGAGGGCCGAGGUGGCGGAAACAUUGGUUCUGGAUCUGGCAGUCGAGCCGAUUUUGAACCUCGCGGUAUCAGUCGAAGGGGAUGGUGA